UCAGCGACUUAAUGCCCGAAUGGUCACCGUCGGCACCCAUUCAUAUCAUAAAUGGUACGCACCCGCACACUGACACGGACCUAAACGGAGGUGGCCCAUCAAACGAUAAUGGAUCAUCCACCGAAGGGGCCUGGACAGUCGCGCGGCAAUCUGCGCACAACAACACUAAAAAUUCCUGCGCACAAAAUAUCACCGUUAAAAAUAUUUAUCCGAGGCCGUUUUAGGAUAAAGUAAAGUGCAUUUGACUAUAAAAAAUAAUGGUCGGUUCUUCCCUCGAACGGAAUAAAAGUGCUCUCAAAGGAAAAGUGUUGCGUAAUAUUUGUCCUGCCCUAUUUGUUCGCGAUAUGAGAAACAUAGAAACCGAGUGGGUUUAACGUUGCCUCUACAAAGACUGGUGAGAGUGUGUUUUAAAGAGCUGGCUGUUCAAAGAGAUUGUGGAAAGUGUAUCUACAGGUAGUGUAAUGGUGGUUCGGGGAGGCCUGUGAAUAUGACCUAGCACCCCAUGACUGCGGCACACCCCUCUCCACGCCACACGCGCUCGCCAACCUGACACGUUCUGAAACACUCGUAAACCAGUAUGGUUUGGCGUUGGCUGCUGGUAUGCUGCGUGGCGCUGUGCGCGCGGCCCGCGUACCCGCAGGGCGCGCAGCAGUGCCCGGCGGCCAACACCAUGACCCCCUGCACGUGUACCGUCAAGAAGAACGGCCUGGACAUACUUUGCGAGUUCACCGAGCAGCAGCAUAUACAAAAGGCUAUGAACACGCUUCGCUCCAAGCCGAUGAUAAUUUUCUACCUUAAGUUGAGACACAACAACCUGGCGAAGCUACCAUCUUACAUAUUUCUGGGCUUGGACAUCCGUCACUUGACAGUGCACAACAGUAGCCUGGCCGUCAUAGAGGACUCUUCAUUAAGUUCAAUUGGUAACAAGCUAACACAAUUGGACGUGUCGCAGAACAGCCUCGCUACGAUACCAACAUCCUCAUUCGCGCAUCUUAACCAUCUGCUCAUCCUCAACAUGAACCAUAAUAAGGUGACAGCGGUUCACAAUAGAGCCUUCGUGGGUCUAGAUACGCUGGAGAUCUUGACGCUCUACGAGAACAGGAUCUCUGUGGUUGACGGCGAGGCGUUUAAAGGCCUAGAGAAGAAGCUGAAGAGAUUGAACCUCGGUGGGAACGAGUUAACGGCGGUGCCGCAAAAGGCCCUCGCGCUCCUUGAGAACAUGAAGAAACUGGAAAUGCAGGAAAACCGCAUCACUUCUAUCUCGGAAGGAGAUUUUGCAGGCAUGCGGAACCUGGACUCGCUGGGGCUGGCCCAUAACCAGCUGCGUGAGGUGCCGGCGCAGGUGUUCUCCCACCUCUCGCUGCUCAACUCGCUCGAGCUCGAGGGCAACCUCAUACAGAGGAUCGACGAGAAAGCCUUCUCGGGGCUUGAAGAGAACCUGCAAUACCUCCGGCUGGGCGACAACCGCCUGCACGAGAUCCCGUCCGAGGCGCUUCGGCCGCUGCAUCGGCUGCGCCACCUGGAUCUGCGCUCCAACAACAUCACGUACAUCGGCGAGGACGCCUUCACCGGCUACGGUGACUCCAUCACAUUCCUCAACCUGCAGAAGAAUAUGGUCCACCAGCUGCCGACAAUGGGCUUCGACAACCUCAACUCGCUGGAGACACUCAACCUGCAGAACAACAAGCUGCAGCACAUCCCCGAGGAGAUCAUGGAACCCAUCCUGGACACGCUGCGAGUUGUCGACAUUAUGGACAACCCGCUGAUCUGUGACUGCGAGCUGGCCUGGUACGAGGCGUGGCUGGCAGGGCUGCGCGACCGCGACGACGAGAUGAUGCAGAAGAAACGUACCGUCUGCACUAUGGUCAGCGAGCACCGCGAGUACAGCGUCGCCAAGAUGCCCCUCGAAAAGAUGAAUUGCAAGAGGAAACCUGCCUACGACCGCCCCAAUAGCGCAUUCAUCUGUGGCGACUCCGUCACUAACCUCCUCCUCGCGAUCGCCACCAGGUGGCUCUACUAAACGUAAAUAUACAAUCUUAAGUUACCCUUUUAAGUUUCAGCCAAGGCUGGCUUCAAGCUAGCUGUGGCCGGAUAGCUCGAAGUCCCCCUUCGCUUUAUACUCGGUUCGAUAUUUAGUAACGUGAUGAAUUUGUGCGAAAACUCGAUACAUAUCAAUUUGGGCUGAUAAAUUAGUAUUUUGGAGCGGUAGCUUGUGAUAGUAAAGGUUUUAAAGAGUUAAAAGUAAGUGUGAUACUGUGAGUAUUUUUACAUUUUAGAAGACCUCUUACGGCAUGCCUUACUAAUGAGUAAUGUAACAACCAAAGCGUAGUAGUAUAUUAUCGACUACAGUUCGGCAUUUUAUUAGUAUCACUGGAGACGUGCUUCAUUCUUAAAGAGAUGCGUCGCUCGACGCAUCACAUAAUUAUGUGUACGGACCUUGCAUGAGCCGUUUUAUGUGAUUAAAACAAAGAGCUAUACAACUUAGGCACAAAUAUGAUUUCAAACUUUACACAACCUUACUAUUUGAAACGAAAACUUCUAAUAUUUUUUAUAGUUUAUCCAUACAAUUUAAAACGUAAUCAUAUAAAUACUUAUUAGGAAAGCUUUUGCGCAUUUACGAUGUUGACUAUAAAAUAAUAUUACUGUAUUCUACUCUUAUAUCGUGCGAGAUGAGCGGGGCUCGUGUAUUUUAUUUUGCGUUACCUUUUCCUAAAUUAUUACACUUUCUGUGAUUCUGGAUUUGUUUCUUCCAAUUAUCUACCUCUAUUUUUCUAUUUAGUAAAAGAUUAAAAAUUAUUUAAUUUAGAUACUAUAAUUUUCUAUAAAUCCAUUAUUUAAAGUUACAUUUAUCUUUACAAAUAGAGCCCCUAAAAUGUUCUAAUUGACGUAGAGAUAGGAGUAGAGAAAUAAGUGUUAGGUAAUUCUUUUCUAAGUAAACUAAUUAUAUGCUGUUAAUAUGUUACAUUAUAACUUUGAUUGUUGGAAUUUCGUUUAGCAAUAUUUCAAUAAUUAUUAUAUCAUGUAUAAAAUAUUUGAUGACUCCUAAAAUAACGAGUACACAGGAGGGGUCAUAAUUAUAAUUUAAAAAGAAUGCGGUUAUUUAAUAAUCUAAAUCAUAGUUUAUACUUGUAUCAUUUCAGUUAGUCACUAUCUUCUAUUUUGUAGGGUUAAAUCAAAUAAAGCUUAGGUAUAUUUGCUGUAAAAGUUUAAUCGAUAUUAGGUAGCGAGUUGUAAUAAAUGUGACUUUAAGCGUUGCCUGCAUUCAUUUAAUAAUACUAAAUAAAUAUUUGUUUGCAAUUAGUGUCUUUAAAAUAUUAUGUUUUUUACAAACAAAAACCUACUGAUAUUGUGAAAAAAAAAACUGAUCGAAUCUAAUCAACUUUGAGAAGUUAUUCUCAUGAUUAUAAUAGGGUACUGGCCUAAAUUUAAAGGCAAAAGUAAAUUAAAUUGGAUUUAAACAAGAAUUUCUAUAAUAAACAGAUUUUGGAAUUUCACCUUCGAGCUUCAUAUAAAAAUAAUGUUCUAAAAUUUAGUGGAAAUAUAUUUUCGCCAAUUUUUGUAUAAAAAAUAUUGUCAGUAAUAAAUUGAUUGAACAAGGGUAAUCUUGAAAACUAAAAACAUAUCUAUUAGUGGUCUGAAUUAUAAAUAAGUAAAAUAAAAGAUAAAUGAAAUAAAAACAUUAGAAACAAAUAUACAUAAGAGAGUAAUGUACGACCAAUAUUUCUACUCCACCGCGAGUUCAAUUUCCCGCAUCUGAGUAAGUGAAAUACUACCUACAUUUUAUGUGGCAACCAUCCGUGACACGUAAAAUAAUGAAAUUUUUUCAAGUUACAAGAAGUGUUGUAUGUUUAUAUGAGAUCAGUCACGAUCCAAAAUAGGCAUGUGGUCAGGUGUGUCUGGAUAGCUGAAAUACAAAAAAGUAAUUAUAUUUACAUUCGUGUAUGUUAAAAAAGAAAAUGUUUAAUGAAUGCAUGACGCGAGAUUGAAUAGGUGCACAGGUACAGUCCUAUUCAAAUUGCAUUCUUUAUUAUAUUUUCUACACUACGUAUGUUACUGAGGGCAAUGUUUGGAUAUAGUAUCUAAGAAGAUAAUUACAAAUAGAAAUGUGGACUAGUAGAAAGCACCAUGUUGUUUCCUCAAAAUAUUUAUUUAUGAUAUUUGAUCAACAUUUGAGUAUAAAUUAUUUUUUAUAAACUAAACUUCUUUCUUCUUCUUUUUUGUAAACUUUUUAUCACAAUUUAUUUCAGUUCAUGUUCCUAGCUGCAUAAUUUUUGGACGGUUUUAGAUUUUCUUGGUAAUAAUUUUAUUAGAGUUAUCAAUCGAUCAAAUGUUGGCACCAAAAUCAGUUGUCUGCACGUAUUUGAUAUAGAUAAAUAAAAUUAAGGUAUUCGAAUUAAUGUGAUGUAGUGAUUUGUAAGCACAAAUAUUUACUCUAUACAUUUUACAAUAUUGCACCUUUAUGUCACGAUUAUACGAGUAUACUUAUUAAAUAUUAAUAUUAAUCAGAGUCGAAAAACCUGAUAAAUUAAGAAAAACAUACCAUUUCAUACACUUAUUCUAUUAUACCUACAUGUUUUUAGAGUAUAUUAAAUGUAUAACCAUUUUCUCUUAAUAUUGACAUCUGUCGAUGAUAUUUAGUGUGGUGUUUUAUUCAAGUUAUUAUGUAGCUAAAUCAUAUAUUAUUAUCUUCGUGUCUUACUAAACUGUAGAUGAUCUGAGGCAAGUUAUUAUACCUACUUACUAUGAAAGCACUACGUAUUUAGCUGUUUAAAAAAAUAUUUACAUAUUUCAAUAUCGUACAAUGUUUACAAUGUUUAUCUACGUAUCUACUUCAUAUCGAUAAUAUAUAUUAUGAGACCCAAUAGCCAUUGACGUGUAGGGGCUUAUAAUAUGAAAUACCUGCCAAUAAAAAACUGCUUUGUCUACUCGUCGGUGGAAAUUGGGAUUGAUAGUGAACAAAAGAACCAGCAUUAAACAUAUCGGGACGGCGGCGCGAAACAAAAUGUAGCGCCGCCGGUCUAUGAUCGUACAUAUCAUUUAGAAUAAGCCACUUAGCGAAUGUAUAUCACUGUUGUAUGUUGUUGGUAUAACGUAUAUUUACUGUUAAUUAUUCAUUGUUGGAUGGAAAGCUUAACUUAAUUAGUCAUUUUCUAAAUAUGAUUGUAAACUAGUGAGUAAGAUUGGUCUUGAUCUGUGCAUUGUGUCAUUGAUGAAUUUACAAAGUAACAGGCAUGAGAAGUAUCUGAGAAUGCAACAAUCUUUAAAUUAUUUUAAAAUGAUUAAAAUGUAAAAAUAUCUACGUCCGAUGAAAAAUGUAAGUUCAUGAUUGAUGUUGUUACUUGUGCGCUUUUAUUAAAAAAGAGUGCUCUAGAGAGCUACGCUAAGCUGACCUUUGCAUUGAGCGCCUUAAAAAAUAAGGCGAGUACAAAUGUACAAUUCAAGGAAAUCUUUAAAAAUUUUGGAAAAAAAAAUCCGGUAUUUUUUUAAAUUUUAACGCAAUUAAAGGUUUACAUUUUCCACAUAAAAUUUAAAAGCUUCAGUGUCGAGCGAAAUUGCGAGCGUUUGGUUGUAGCCCUCGGCUACAUUAAUUGAAGCGGAAUAUGAUUGGCUCACUGGCUCGUUGAUGUUGCUAAAUCAAAGGUAAUUUUGCAGUAACCUCAACCUAAGCUCCCUUGUUUGAAUUGACCUGUAAUAAAGCCCAAAUCUCUGCAUCAAUACAAUACUCAAUAACUUUAGAGUCUGCAAAUGAUGAAGGUCUUUUCCCUGGAUUCCAAUGACAGCCAAUUCAAAUUCUUAAUAUUAACGUUUAGAUUCUACUCAUUGGGUGGCUUAUACAAUUUAAUCUGUAUCCUUGUACUAAAUGGUUGUAUCUAUAGAUGUUUCAUGUUUCCAGCAAUAAAACGAUUUGGUGUUGUAUCAAUAUUCUAUCGGAAAUAUUUUUAGUCGCAUUUUGAAUGUACUUUUCUUGAAAGAUAUCCGUGUUAAGAGCAUGUUUAUAGUCACAUUUAUUAUUGUGUUGACUCGUAAAGUAAGUAAUGUAAUUCGAAUAUUGAUAUUUUACUCAUAAGGGUGUAUUUAUUUUAUUCGGUUAAAUAAAAAAUAAAUCGGU